GUUCCUUCUUAAGGCUCAACUCACUUUCUCCAUUUUGCCUCUUAUUUUCUUGACGUUUCUGUGGUUUUGUUUUCAGGGCUUCCAUCUCCUCUCAGGCCGCACAUGCAAAAAAGAGAGAUGGAAGUGCAAGAUCAUGGUCACAUAAUUGAAGUAUGUGGGGAUGUGCAAGCUGUAGGGCCUAGCAUCGUGGGAAGUAAAAUUUGUGGGGAUGCACCCUCUUGUGGAUUUUCUGAUGCAAAAAAUAGUUCAAAUGAUGCAAAGGAGCGAGCUGCAUCCAUGCGGAAGCUUUUCAUAGCAGUUGUUCUCUGCAUUGUUUUUAUGAGUGUAGAAGUAGUGGGAGGUAUUAAAGCAAACAGUCUUGCAAUAUUGACUGAUGCUGCUCAUUUGUUGUCAGAUGUUGCUGCUUUUGCCAUUUCUUUGUUCUCACUCUGGGCCUCUGGUUGGGAGGCAACUCCGCGUCAGUCAUAUGGCUUCUUCCGCAUCGAAAUUCUUGGUGCUCUCGUUUCCAUUCAAAUGAUCUGGCUUCUUGCUGGAAUCCUUGUUUACGAAGCUAUUGUUCGACUUAUCAAUGGUCCGGGUGAAGUCAAGGGGUUGCUCAUGUUCGCUGUGUCUGCAUUCGGGUUAGUUGUUAACAUAGGUAUGGCUCUGCUGCUAGGUCACGAACAUGGUCAUGCCCAUUCUCAUGGUCACAGUCAUGGACAUGGCGAGCAUGACCAUGGUCAUGGCAAACAUGAACAUGGCGGUGAAGGUCAUGGGCAUCAUCAUGGGAUAAGUAUUACUACGCACCACCACGACCACCAAGAAGGAAAGGGAGCUGCCAGCGAUCAUCAUGCUCCCACGGAACCAGUAACGACACCCUUGCUUGAGGGUGGCUGUGAAGAUGGAAGAAGUCAUUCACCAAAGGUUAUCAAGAUGCAAAAGAAGCAACGAAAUAUAAAUGUACAAGGGGCUUAUCUUCAUGUACUUGGAGAUUCGAUCCAAAGCAUUGGGGUGAUGAUCGGCGGGGCAAUCAUAUGGUAUAAACCCGAAUACAAGAUUCUUGAUCUGAUAUGCACCCUGAUUUUCUCUGCAAUUGUUCUGUGCACAACAAUUCAAAUGCUUCGAAAUAUCCUCGAGGUAUUAAUGGAGAGCACACCGCGAGAGAUCGACGCAACAAAGCUCGAAAAGGGUUUGUGCGAGAUGGAUGAGGUAGUUGCAAUACAUGAACUGCACAUCUGGGCCAUAACUGUUGGGAAGAUUCUACUGGCAUGCCAUGUUAUAAUAAAGCCGGAGGCUAAUGCAGACAUGGUAUUGGAUAAGGUUAUUGAUUAUAUUAGAAGAGAGUACAACAUAAGCCAUGUCACCAUUCAGAUAGAGCGUCAGUAGAUAAAUGGUAGUAGGGAUCUCUUUUGGAUUCUCAAGUAUUAAAUGUGUUCAUCUUGGCUUCUUUUUCAUCCUCCAUCUCAUAAGAAGGAAAAUGAGUUGCUAUUGAAUGAAAGUUUAUUAUGAUCGUUUA